AUGCGUUCAACGUUUCUUAACCCCACUUCACGGCUAACUAUUAUCUACAACAACAGUUGUACUCCUCAUUCCUUCUUGAGUCUUGGCAAGAGGUAUCUAAGCAGUAAAACACAUGGACGUGGAGAGAAAUUAUCUUCUCUGUUCUUUGCUGUUUCAGAGAAAACCAAAACUUUUUUUCCGUAUGCUUUAACUUGUAGUCGUCGUGGAUAUGAAACGAAUACGGCAAACACAUCUUCUUCUUCUUCUUCCACCUCCACCUCUUCCUCUACAGAUGGAUCAUCAGAUAAGAAUACGGUCGAGGAACAUCAUCCCGCUCAGGAUGUUUCUGUAUUAGAGAAGUUAGACAUGUUUGCGAAAUCUCGCAUGUUAAACUAUCUCACCCGAUACACAGAUCCACAAGAUGAUAGUAACAGAAGAGCUUCUCCUUUCUCUGUUACCAAAACGGCAGAUAAAAGUUUUUUUCAAGCUGAACUUUUAGUACCAGUGGAAGUACUUUUUUCUGGAGUUAUGCAACAAACAAAAUUACGAGCCGUUGGAUAUGGAAAAAUGGAAAAGGAUGCUAUUGUGGCUGCGUGUAUGCAUGGUGAACGUUGUUUAGAUGCGUUGGGAAUCCCACUCUUUACAUCUGAGCGACUACAACGUAAACGUGUUGAGGAAGCCAAACGAGAAGGACGUUAUGCUCCAAUGCCUGGAGAUCCCGUACGGGAUUUGUCUCUUUCGGAUUUACCAUUCCCUGUCUUGUAUAAACCCAUGGAUACAGAUGAGACAACAAACAUAAUGAAUAAAGGAGUCUCUGGUUCUAGUUCUAGUUCUAGUUCUAGUGUUGGUAAUGGGAAUGCAAAGACAAAGUCUCUGCGUAAUCCAGGAGGAACAAGAUCAUAUCCAGUACUGCAGAGUUAUCAACCAGACUAUUAUACAAAGAAGAGACGAUAUAAUGAUUUUUCUCGACGAUGUGGAGGUGAUCCUUUUUUACGUGGUAUGGCCGGUGAACUCGCCUACUUGCAAGCGCGUAUCUUUAAACAUAAUACACAAUUUCCAGGAAUGGAAGAAGGUGAUGAUGAAAAUAUUCCUAUUAAAAUUGAUCCUAUGGAAGUAGAAGUAUUACAACCGAAAGGAACUUUAUCUGAUACUACUACUACGACUACUACUAUUAGUACAAGUAUGGAAUCUAUUCCUUUUGCACAACAUUGUCCUGCUAUGCGUCUUGCUUUAAUUAAUUCUCAUCCACUUAAUGAACAUCGUAUCGUUGGUUUUAUUGAUGAAAGUGAAGGUGGAGUAUAUGAUUUAGUAGAAGGAGAAAAAGGUACCUGGUGGCAACAUGAUAAACUUCCAGGGUUAGUUUGUCUUUUCGAUCACUUUGCAAUUCAACGUGUGGAUGAGUUAUACAAAUCAUCUCAUCUACAAGCUUCAUUUGAAGCCUGUGUAGAAACAAGAGCAAGUGAAGAAUUAACACAAGUGGAUGUUGGAUUUGGUCCACAUUGCCAAAAGAAUAUCACUUGGUAUACCGCCACCGCACCUAUUCCUUCUUAUCCAGACUUGCAGGCAACAGGAAAGGCAAUGAACAUUACUCACGCGAUGGCACUAUGCGCUAUGCAUGCAGAGUUACUUCUCUGUUUUCUCGGUAUCCCACUCACACAUAAUGUGGAACAGCAGACAAAACACUUUGAUGCCUGUUUACGGUUUGGACGUCUUGUUUCCCCACUUCCACGUACAUUAGACGACGCCACACGUGCACUUUUGCCUAAACCACUAAAACAUUGGCCACGUAUUAAGAAAACACGUAAACGGGGAGCCCCACUGAGUUUAGCAGAGAAAUUGGUCGCAUUGAAUCGUCGUGUUAUUGCAGACCUUCGACAACAUCUUGUAGAAGUGAAUAUAUGCAACGAACCGCAGUAUCGGGAGUUAUUUGAAUUUUCUCAAUUAAUGUUACGACAGUUUAUGGUGGAACAACAACAUCCUUAUGAAUCAGCUUUUGUAAAUUAUAUAUAUGGUGAAAAUCAGUUUCGAUGUAGUAUUUAUUUACCACUUCCUGAAAGAUAUGGAGUACGUGGUGGGAAUGCGAUUGGUGCAACACCAGAUACGGCUCGUGAACUCUGUGCUUUACAUGCCAUUGACACCUUGUGUGCUCUCAAUAUACCAGUGACAAAGAAUAAAGAAAAACUUAAACAUCUUUUGGAUUUACGAAGGCGAUUUGGUCUUAUUUUACCACGUGAUUCAAUGGAUAGUGAUGAGAAUAGUAACAAUAAUAAUAGUUCACUAACUAUUAUUCGCUCACCUCCUGGGUACCGUGAAGUACCUGGUACGGGAACUACACGAAUACCACCUCACCAAGAUGUAUGGAAUGUAAUGAUGGCAGAUGCUGGAGACUUUGAUGUUGUGAAAGAUGUAGAACCAGAAAAGUGUUAUAAAUUAGGUUUACCCGAUACCGGUACCUUACUUCGUAGUCUCUUUCAAACAUAUCUACAGACUGUAGGGUGGACUAGCAGUGAUCACUGGGCACACAUAAAGCAUUAUCAGGGUUUACAACACUGGAAUGGUCGUCUGCGGGUUCCAUGUAAUAAUUACUGGAUGGAACUUCCAGUAAAUGAGAAACUCUAUGGUAGACGUGUCGCAUUGGGUCGUUGUGUAUUUCGUAAAACUGCCGAAAAAGCAUUUUUUAUUCACGUAUUUCGUAUUCUUCAUACCCUGCGUCUGGCUCCAUGGGAUAUGUACUCCGAUGAUGCCCUAAUAAAACUUCUUCGUUUCUCUCCAAAGAUAGACAUCCAACGAGAACGUCGAUAUUGGGAUUUUGUUGUUCGUGAAUUCCUUAAACCUGAAGAAGACACUUCUACAGAAAAAAGUGGUACCACUGUAGUGCGAGAUGCAGAAGUAAUGAUUCCACAAGGUGCUGAUCUCAAAGCAAUCCUCUCUCCAAAUCCAGUGAUGACACAUGAACUGGCCAAGAGGACCUUUGUUUGA